GAUGUGAGGAUGAAGAUGAGGAUGAGGAUGAGGAGGUGGUGGAUGAUCGUGUUGUCAGGUCUGUGGAGCGUCGCAGGAGAACUGCCCUUCAUCGCAGAGAACAACGCAGCCAUGUUGGUGAACUGGAACGCUGUUGAUGGAAAUAAGAAGCUGUUCACCAUCUAUGAUACAAGUGUGAACGAGCCGGGGAACAUGUCUGUCGUCAAGGAGACGGUGGACAAACUGUUGAAAGGUUAUGACAUCCGUCUGCGUCCAGACUUUGGAGGUCGUCCUGUAGCUGUUGGGAUGAGUAUAGAUGUGGCGAGUAUAGACAUGGUGUCAGAGGUCAACAUGGACUACACACUGACCAUGUACUUCCAGCAGUACUGGAGAGAUAAACGUCUCAGUUACACAGGGAUUCCUCUCAACCUGACUCUGGACAACAGAGUUGCUGACCAGCUCUGGGUUCCUGACACUUACUUCCUCAACGACAAGAAGUCCUUUGUCCACGGAGUCACCGUUAAGAACCGAAUGAUCCGACUGCACCCAGACGGAACCGUCCUCUACGGACUCAGAAUCACGACGACGGCCGCCUGUAUGAUGGAUCUGAGGAGAUACCCUCUGGACGAGCAGAACUGCACCCUGGAAAUUGAGAGUUACGGUUACACUACAGACGAUAUCGAGUUCUACUGGAAAGGAGGAGACACGGCGGUUACCGGGGUAACGCGCAUCGAGCUUCCUCAGUUCUCCAUCGUGGAUUACAAGCUGGUGUCCAGGAACGUGGUCUUCUCCACAGGCGCUUAUCCUCGACUGUCACUGAGCUUCAAACUGAAGAGAAACAUCGGAUACUUCAUCCUGCAGACGUACAUGCCCUCCAUCCUCAUCACCAUCCUGUCCUGGGUCUCCUUCUGGAUUAACUAUGACGCCUCGGCCGCCAGAGUGGCUUUAGGAAUCACCACUGUCCUCACCAUGACGACCAUCAACACUCACCUGAGAGAGACGCUGCCCAAGAUUCCCUACGUCAAAGCCAUCGACAUGUACCUGAUGGGCUGCUUUGUCUUUGUCUUCCUCGCUCUGCUCGAGUACGCCUUCGUCAACUACAUCUUCUUUGGUCGAGGUCCUCGGAUGCAGAAGAGGCUGGCGGAGCGUGCGCAGAAGGUCACCGCUGACCGCAACGCAUGUGACCACCGGUCCACAAAGUCUUUUGUGGGAGGAGGAAACUGCAGGUCUUUGUCCGUUAAACAGUCCAAUCAGAUGAGAGGGCGGAGCUUCUCACAACGGGUCGACUCCCACGGGAACAUUUUACUGACGACCUUGGAGAUCCACAACGAGGUGGGCGGGAAUGAGGUCACAACCACCGUGAGUGAGACUCAUAACUCCUCCUCCUCCUCCUCCAUGAUGUUUGACAACAGUGGGCUUCAGAACAGGAAGUCCAGUAUGAUCCAGGACCCGGGUCGACUCAGCUUAGACCACAACAAUCAUCCAAAGAAGCCCCCUCUGAGGAGAAGAUCCUCACAGCUGAAGAUUAAAAUCCCCGACCUGACAGACGUGAACGCCAUUGACCGAUGGUCACGUAUCUUCUUCCCCUGCACCUUCUCCCUCUUUAACCUCAUUUACUGGCUGUACUACGUCAACUGAGGACACCAGUCAGACAACAGUGAGACAGAGGACAACAGUCAGACAGAAGACAACAACAGUUGCACAUAUGACAACAGUCAGACAGAAGACAACAGUCAGACAGAAGACAACAGUCAGGCAGACAACUACUGUCGGACACAGGACAACAGUCAGACUGAGUACAACAGUCAGACAGAAGACAACAGUCUGACUGAGGACAACAGUAAGCCAUAAGACAACAGUCGGAAAUAGGACAACAGUCGGACUGAGGACAUCAGUCAGACAUUGAUUUAAACGCUUGUACAGAAUGUUAUGUUUUAGACUGAAAACACACAUUUAUGUCACUUAUUUAAACGUGUAAACUACAACAUCAAUCAUAAUCACAUGACAUCAAUCCACAUAAACACAAACAGGCUUUAUGAUCUGGACUCAAACCAGACUUGAAUGAGUCAGUAAAAACUUUGGAAAUCCACCUUUAAUCCAGUACAGUAAACGACAAGCUAACAGUUUAGUUCAGAUAUGUUAACUCCAAACAUUUGUAAAUAACCACUCAUUUUGUUAAAGAUUUAACUCAACAAUCAGGGUCCAUCUUAAAAAAGGUUUUCAGCUGUGUGGGGGCAGAGCAUCCAUCUGUAACAGGUGACGUCACAUCCUGGAUGUUAUUUUUACAGCUGAUAAAAAAGCUGCUAACUACUGUAGCGUUAGUGCUUGACUUUAGCAACUGCCACGGAAACACAAGCUACAAAAUUAGCCACUGCUAUAUCGGCUGCUAAGGUAACAGCUAAUAUAGCAAAGCCUACCAAGUCAAACAGCUACUGUAGCUUUUUAAGUAGCAACUGCUAUAUUAGCUGUAAGAAGCAAUGCAUGUUAGCAGCUACUAAAUGUUAAUAGCUACAAUGCUGCUAAAUUACCAGCUUCUACAUUAGCUUCUAAAAGCAAACAGCUAUACUAUCUGUUAAAAUCAAGUGUCUCCACAGAGUAACGUUUAAAAAAAAUGAAUAUUGCCACAGCUGCAUUAGCUGCUAAAGUAACAGCUAAUUUAGCAGUGACUACUAAAUGUUAACAGCUAUCAUAGCUGCUAAAGUAACAUCUGCUACAUUUGCUGAAGUCAAUCUACAUUUGCCACCUUAGCAGCUAAUAUAGCUGCUGCAGCUUCUAAAUGUUAGCAGCUACCAUAGCUAAAGUAUCAGCUAUAUUAGCCACUAACAAAGUCAAGCAUCUAUAGUAGCUUGUUUAGCAUCUAUAUAUUAGCCACUAAAGUCAAACAUCUAAAUGUGAGAUUUAAUGACUUUUGUAAAAAAAAAACAUUGAAAUUAUUUAAACAAGUUUUUUUUUAUUUA